AUGCCUCUGCUUCGUCACCAGCCGGCACUGCUGCGGAUUCGGCCGCCGUGCCCUUAUCUGCCCCUGGGGCUCGCGCGCCGGUGCCCCAGCCCGCCAACGCCGGCAGUGAAGAAGAAGAAGGGGGCGACCGCAAUCUCUGAGACCCAGCAGCCUGCCGCGGCCGUGCCACCUCUGGCGCGGAAGGACGGUGAUGGCUCUCGAGCCUCAGCGGUCGGGUCAUCCUCGCAAGAUCCGGAGGCCCGACCUCAGGAGAAGGCGAUCUCCAUAGCCAAGCCGGCUCCGGAGGCACCCGCCCCCAGCUUGCCUGCUAAGGUCGCGAAGGCUCAGGAGCCCCCGACCCCUUCUGCUGCUGCUAACUUGCAGGCCUUGCUUCGUGACAACCUUCAAGGUGCCGACCGCCGGCUGGCGUCGGGGCGACUGGAGUUGGUCUCGGGGUGGCUGCGAUCCGAUGCGUCCGUGAGGGCGGCAUGGAGCCAGGCCGUGACAGCCUCCGAGGAGGGUAAGCAGGCUGCCGACCUGGCCAUGGACGCCCGCGAGGUGGCGUUGAAGGAUGCCGAGGCUGCCAAGGAGCGCUACCGGGGGGCGGAGGCCGAGCUGGAGACCCUACGCAACAAGCGCGCCGCCGAGGCCCGUCGGCGCGAGGCGUGGGAUGGGAAGCUGAAGGCUCGAGAAGACGUGGUCGCCGAUCGUGACACCGAGCUGGAGCAAUCGGCACGGGCGCAAGCCGCAGAGCGCGGCCGUCUGGAGAAGCUGAAGGAGGAGGUGGAGGCAGAGAAGGCUCAGCCGAAAGCCAAGGCGAAGGUUCUUUCCAAAGAUCGUGCCGCCUUCAACUCUCUUGAGCUGAGGUCCCGCAAGGCACUACGAGAACUCUACGGGAGGGGUUUGAAGAAGCUGUUGGUGACUGCUAAGGAAGGCCCAGCCGAGCUACUCCCCCAGCUUGUCACGGCUCUCGAGGGUGUCGUCAAUGGGGUCGGCCCCAUGGUGGAGGGGGAAGCCCGCGCGCUCUCCGCUUCGGCUAUGACGCGCGUCUUCAGCCACCUCCAUCUUCGCGACCCGAGCAUCGACCUUGGAGCUCUGCUCGAGCCUGUGGACGAGGAGCAUUGCACAGCCGCUACCGAAGCCGUGAAGGACCGGGUGCAGACCCUACUGGAGAAGUUCCUCGCCGUCGAACCCAUGCCUCCGGCUGAUGGUGUCGUCGAUCCUACGGCUGCAGCUGACGGCAUGGGUGACAGCGACGUUGUCGAUGAAGGGGCACUCCUUAUGGGCGAUGACAGCGCCCAAGGCUGA